CUUCCCCCUUCUCCUCCUGUUCUUCCAUCUCUUGCUGUGGGCGUGUUAAUCUCCCUCGCAGCUUUUUAGGAUAAAGCUGGAAAAACUCCUCCUUGCGGAGCAGUUUGUGUGUGUGUUCCCUGGAUGCUGAGAAAUUGCUUUUCCCUGGUCGUUUUGGAGUUGGAGAAGUAAAGCUCACCUCUGCCCAGAGAACAGAAGUAACGGCCUCCCUGACUGAAGAUGUCUAACAAUGGGGUUGAAACAGAAGACAAACCACCUGCUCCUCCCAUGAGGAAUACCAGCACCAUGAUUGGAUCGGGCAACAAAGACGCUGGGACUUUAAACCAUGGCUCAAAACCUUUGCCUCCCAACCCAGAAGAAAAGAAAAGAAAAGGAUUUUACCGAGCUAUUUUACCAGGAGAUAAAACCAAUAAAAAGAAAGAGAAGGAGCGGCCGGAGAUCUCCCUCCCUUCAGACUUUGAGCACACAAUCCAUGUGGGGUUUGAUGCAGUCACAGGAGAAUUCACAGGAAUGCCGGAGCAAUGGGCGCGUUUACUGCAGACUUCCAACAUCACCAAGUCGGAGCAGAAGAAGAACCCCCAGGCAGUGCUGGACGUGUUGGAGUUUUACAACUCCAAGAAGAUCUCCAACAGCCAGAAGUACAUGAGUUUCACAGAUAAAUCAGCGGAGGAUUAUAAUUCAUCAAACACAUUGAACGUGAAGGCUGUCUCCGAGACUCCCGCAGUGCCCUCAGUGUCCGAAGACGAAGAUGAUGAAGAUGAUGCAGCUCCACCCCCUGUGAUAGCUCCGCGGCCUGAACACACAAAAUCCAUAUACACCCGCUCUGUGAUAGAUCCCCUUCCUCCUCCUACCAGAGACGUGGCGACCUCUCCUAUUUCUUCUCCCACGGAAAACAACGCAGCGGGGCCUGACAUGCUGGUCAGGAACGCGGAGAAACAAAAGAAAAAGCCAAAAAUGUCAGACGAAGAGAUCUUGGAAAAAUUAAGAAGUAUUGUGAGUGUGGGCGAUCCGAAAAAGAAAUACACAUGUUUUGAGAAGAUUGGACAAGGAGCCUCAGGUACGGUUUACACGGCAAUAGAUGUAGCUACAGGACAGGAGGUUGCAAUCAAACAGAUGAAUUUGCAGCAGCAGCCCAAAAAAGAACUGAUUAUUAAUGAAAUCCUUGUGAUGAGGGAAAACAAGAACCCCAACAUCGUCAACUACUUGGACAGUUACCUUGUAGGAGAAGAGCUCUGGGUGGUCAUGGAGUACUUGGCAGGAGGCUCCCUGACAGACGUUGUGACAGAGACCUGCAUGGACGAGGGACAAAUCGCGGCUGUGUGCCGAGAGUGUCUCCAAGCUCUGGAAUUCCUCCAUUCAAACCAAGUUAUUCACAGAGACAUCAAGAGUGACAACAUCCUGCUGGGAAUGGAUGGCUCUGUCAAACUAACUGACUUCGGCUUCUGUGCCCAGAUCACUCCUGAGCAGAGCAAACGCAGUACCAUGGUGGGGACCCCCUACUGGAUGGCACCCGAAGUGGUGACACGCAAAGCCUAUGGGCCCAAAGUGGAUAUCUGGUCGCUGGGGAUAAUGGCCAUUGAGAUGAUCGAAGGAGAGCCUCCCUACCUCAACGAGAACCCUCUGAGAGCCCUGUAUCUCAUUGCUACUAACGGGACUCCAGAACUGCAGAAUCCAGAAAAGCUUUCAGUCAUAUUCCGAGACUUCUUAAACCGCUGUCUGGAAAUGGACGUGGAAAAGAGAGGUUCGGCGAAAGAGCUGCUGCAGCACCAGUUCCUGAAAAUUGCAAAGCCUCUGUCUAGUCUCACUCCUCUGAUUCUUGCGGCGAAAGAGGCGGCCAAGAACAACCAUUAAAGCAGUGGAGUCGGCACAGUCGUCGUGUCGAGACUUUUAGGUGUUGGUUCCAGAGAAUGAAAUUAUUCAGGAUUACCUGUCCCUCUCCCCUUCUACUCCUGCUUCACAGGGGUGUUCUUAAAACUUUGAUCUGCCCCAAAAGGUGGCAGAGUUUUUGCUCACUGAAUGUGGAAGGGCACCCAACAGGGACACUCCUGCUCUUACGUAGGGAACCAUCUUCCCAUCCUCAUGAUGGGGGCGAGAGGGGAAGAGUCUUUUCUGUGGUUGAGAAGGUCUUUCUGAGAACGUCUUAACCUGACCUACACGUAGCGAAGCCAGUUGUUUUUCCUGUUUCUUACUGUUGUUUAUUUAAAAAAAAAAAAAAAACAACAAGAAAACAUGGAGCCUUAGACCAUGUUUAUCUUAAUAAAUGAAAUCUUUUGCUGGCUGGACUCUUCCUGCUUCUGGCAAGCUGCUCUCACACCGCUGAGGCUGCUCUGUGCUUUGGGUGACUCGAGGAGGCAGCAGGAACGUCAAGAGCUGUAACAACCGAGAGGGGAAGGAGGGUGUGAAUACACACAUCUCAUCUCCUGGAACGCUGCUGGAUGCUUCGAGGGAGCGUGGAGAUGGCCUCCGUGUGCUUCCUGCAGCCGCUGGAGAACUUAAUUCACGGAUGAUCUUUUUUUUUGCCAAAUUGUGUGAACUGGGGACGCCUCUCCCCUUUCAGUUUCAACUCCACUAGUUAAAUCUCAGACAUUACUGAUGUCGUAGAAGGUAAAUUUGCUGGAGAAAAUUGACAAGAGAGCUCUUUUAGGGUUAUUUUAUCAGCGCUGUGAGGCUUCUUAGAGACCCUUGCCCUGUACGAUAAAGCAAACAGAGCAAUUACUGUUAUAAAGAUAAGAUUUGCCUGCAAAAUGAUGUUGAUGUUGUUUCUUAGAGCAAAUCCAGUGGACAACAAACUGAUCGUGGAUGCUGCUUUCUUGGAGACGUGGGGACGUUAAUUUUUUUUUUUUUUUGGAAAUUAUAGUGGUUUCUUUAUGCUACUGAUUCCUUUCGUUGCUAAUAGUCUGUAAAACAACAGGAAACCUGGAACUACUAGAGCGAUUGGUUGUAAACACUGGGCUUAUGUUCAACUGUAUACUGAUUAUUUUUUUUUUUUAAUAAAAUGAACUGCUGCCUUUCUUAA